AUGUCGUCGCCAAGCCAACAAGCCCGCGAACGAGACCGGCUUCUCGACAUCAAGUCGCCUCAUGCAGCCGAAAAGGCGGACGAAAUGGAUGUCCGCGAGAAACACGUGUUGUGGUGUGUUUGUUCCUUCAUCUUGGUGCUGGAGACCAUCGACUCGCUGGUGUUCUUUGGCAUUAGCCAAGCUUUGAAGAACUUUACCGAAGCGACGGCCAACGCGAUUCACAGUACGUGGCGAUCGUUCGGAGACCUGACCCCCCUCUUGGGCGCCUAUCUCGGCGAUGAAUUGUGGGGGCGAUACACUUCCCUCGCUGUCUUCUCUGUGUGGUACGUUGUUGCGAUGGCACUCGUGUCCCUCUCUGCCCACCCCUAUAUCCUCGAGAACCACUUGUCGUUCGCGAAUGCCGCCUUUUUUAUUGCAAUUUUCCUUGGCGUUGGGGUUGCCCGUGGGGUGUACCAUCCCAACGCGGUGACACUUGGCGCCGAUCAAUUCGACGAGUCGGAAACCGACCAAAAAGAGCACUUUUUCAGCUACUUCUACCUCGCUAUCAAUGUUGGCUCGUCCGUAUCGUUUGGGUACUUGACGUACCUGAGUGUGAACGGCAUGGGCAACUUGAUUCCGCCCUCGUACGGGUACUUUGCGACCUUUACCUUGAGUGGGGUGCUGCUGUUGUUGGCGGUGCUUCUAUUUGUUGCGUUUUCGUCCAGAUACGUGGAGAUUCCCCCCCAAGAGGGCGCGUUUGCCACGUUCUUCACGUCCGUGGCGUCGACUAUGCACGAGUGCCGUGCCUUGGUGUACAUAGCAGUGGGCUUUCUAUUUUUUGUGCUGUCCAUCCUUUUGAACGCAAUUGCAUUGUUCGUUGGUGGGGCGACAGAGCUCUCGUACAGCGCAGGGAUUUGCGUAUGCCUUGGCGUGGGCUGCUGGAUCUACAAAGGCAUGGACCCAUCGUACCUGGACGGCCAAUACACGCGCAUGCCAGUGGCAGACAUGCAGCAGAUCUUGCGGGUCUUGCCGUUUUCUUGCUUCUUGGUCCUUUGGCAAUGCACGUUUGGCCAGAUCGAGGCGAACUUUCAAUCCAUUGCCCAACAAUGCGAUUUGCGACUUGGGUCUGGUCGAGAUGCCCCCCUCAUCCCCGGGGCUAUGCUCGGGCUGAUUGACACGGUCGGGGUGGCUUUAGUGAUCCCGCUGUUGGAUUAUGUCGUGCUGCCGCAAUUGAAAGCUUGGCGACAUCGACCAGCGUCCCCGUAUGAAAAAGUGUUGGCUGGAUUGACCUUGGCCAGUGUGACCAUGCUGUGGACGGGAGUGGUCGAAACCCUUCGUCGGAACUCGGGCGAACUGGACUUGAACGGUCCUGUACUGGAAACGGGGGGCCAUCAGCCCAUGAACAAGUUCUCGUGGGGGUACCUGGUCCCAAAUUACUUUCUCGUCAGUGUCUGCGAAGUGCUCGUGAACGUCACGAUGUAUGACAUUUUUUACUCGAACGUCCCGACCCAUUGGAAAAGCACAGCCCAAGCGUUGAACGCAUUCAUGCUGGCCAUGGGCGACAACUUGGCAUCCAUCUUUACGCUUCUCUUCGCUCCGUACAUCCCCAACGAUCUGAACAAGGGUCAUCUCGAGUACAUGUACUAUUGUUUGGCAGGGGUAGCCGCGCUCAAUGCCCUUGGCUUCAAGAUCGUCCAUGACCAGAAUGCACUUUGCAACGCACUCGGAAACUUCCAACGGGGCGUAGCAUUGGGGAGGCGUAGCCGGGCUAAUGGAAUGAGCUUCAGCACGAUGUUCUUCGGCCACGGUGACGUUGCAAUGUCGAGGUUAAACGGAGAAUAGUCCAACAUUUUGUACUCCAA